AUGUUAGACCACACCCAAUCUGAAUUUGAUGAGAUAAGCUCAACCAAGGAGUUGUUUGCUAAUUGUCAGGCAACUGCUGACAAUUACAUCUCCCCCAAAACUAUAUGCCAGCUAAUUAAAGCAGGUAAGAAUGUAGAAGAGUUAAAAGAGCUGCUGCCAAAUGUAGAUUUGUCCUCCCCGGUUAUUGACAACACUCCAGCUCUACAUUUCACUGUUCGAGAGAGGCAGGGUGAAGUUUUAGAGUUGCUCCUAACAGGUGGUGCUGACAUUAACCAGGCUGACGGGGAUGGGAGAACUGGUCUUCACAUUGCUAUCAGGUUUGUUAGGAUUGGGUACAAGUCAGGGUCACAGGUCAGUGACAUCAUUAAUGUGAGCUAG